CAACUGCCUUGGCUGAGUUGACGCCAGAAAGAAUACUCACAGGAAAUCGGCAACAUGUCCCAACUGCUAAGGCUGCCAAACAGUUGCGCUAUUCUGUAAAUCCGAGUAAAGACUAUAGUAUUGCAGAACGUUUUAUAGAAGCAAUACAACAAAUUAAUGAAAAGGAAAAAGCAGAAUUUAUUAAAAGAAAUGGACAUGAUGCAGUGCAAGAUAGACAACUCACUGGACAUAUACAAGCACCCUUACAGCUCGAUCCACUUGCAGUUAAUAUAUAUAAUGAAGCAUCUCUCCGAUACUAUCACCAUCUUGCACACAACAAUCCUGUCGAUGGAGUGGCGCCUCCAGUAUUGGCAGCAGAGUUCGUCACAACGGAUCUAUCAGCCGAAUUUUUAGUAACAGCGUUACAUUAUUUCCGCCGAAAAGAGUAUGACUUAUUUCGGUCAAACGUUGUCCCAUACCUGAUACAGUGUGACUGUGCACGAGGAAUACUUCGCGCUGUACUGACGGAAUAUAAUGAUGAGUCUUUGGAUGAAUAUUUACAAAGACUAAUGAUGGACGCCAUGUCAAACAAGGAAUCGGAUCCUACAAAAGUGAUUAUUGCAUGGUGUUAUGGUCAUUGCACAAG